AUGUCCCCUCUGAACCCGACGACAGCCCGCAUCGCGCCGCACCCGUUCAAUAAGGCCAGUGCGGACCUCACCAUCCGAUGUGCCGAUGGAGUCGACUUCCUUGUUCGCCAUUCGAUCCUUCUCGAGGCAUCUCCCAUCUUCGAAGACAUGCUCGCCAUUCCUCAACCCCCGCUCGACGCCCAGGAUGUUGCGGAACCCCGUCCCGUUGUCGUCGUCACCGAGAGCUCCCGGCCGAUGGACGUCAUCCUCAGGCUCUGUUAUCCCAUUCGGAAGCCCGAUCUCGCGGCCAGGCCGGUGGAUGAACUCGAAGACGCGCUCAAGGUUGCUCUCAAGUACGAAAUGGACUAUCCUCGCGCUGCGCUCACCACCGAGCUGGUGGCGCAAGCCGAAACGUAUCCCAUGCAAAUAUGGGCUGUUGCUUGUCGGACCGGCCUGGAAGACCUCGCUCGUGCCGCUGGAGACAUGUUGAUCCAGAGCUAUCGGGACAAGGAGAAAUUUUCCCUCUAUCCCCUUCGUCAUGUCCACGGGAUCAGCGCGGGCGAUUACUAUCGCCUCCGUAGAUUUUAUAGACGAGCCAUCCCAAUCAAAGCCUCUCAAUUCAAGUUCUUAUCGUCUAACCAUCAGACUUCAACCUCAGCAAGUACAAUUUCUGCGGACACCCCACAUCCUUUCUCCGUCGAUCCCUCCUUUGCGGACCUCGUUUGUCGUUCAUCAGAUGGUCGCGAGUUUUUGGUUCAUCGCGGAGCUUUAGCUGCGGCUUCACCCAUCCUUCGUGACGAAAUUCUCGCUCUCCUCGCGUCUAAUAACUCCGACGGUUCCGCGACUACAAGCACGAACAUGCCAGUGCUUCAACUUCCAGAAUCUGGGCGCAUCCUACAUUAUAUCCUGUGUUCAUGCUACCCGGCGACCGCCAGCUUCACUCUCGAUCCAUACGACAUGCCUGACGUCAUUGCUGCUGCAACUCGGUAUCAAAUGCCUUGGCUCAGCCAAUACAUCAAAACGGCAUGGAAAACAGCGUUGUGGAAGAACCCGGUGGAGGCCUACUUCCGCGCCGUCCGUACGGGCUGGUACGAGGGCGCAAAAAUCGCUGCUCGUCUCUCCCUGUCUCAGGAUCUCGACGACGUCUAUACCGAACAGAUGGAGCACGUGUCUGCAUGGCGGUACCAUCGACUACUCAAUUAUCAUCUCGCCACGAGACUUGCCUUUGCUCAGAUCGAGAGGAGAAUAGGUUUUCAGUUCGCAGACAUGAGGUAUCUUGCCGCGGCGCUGGAAGAUCCGUCUUCGAGCGGGGAGCCAUGCCUGUACAACGACCGACUGAUAUCGGAGACCGUGCUUCGGCGAAUACCCUCCUACCCGACGCGGCCGAGUUCGUUGGUGCCGUCCUGGACGAAGCUGAUGUGCGAGUGGCGGGAUAUGGUGCUGAAUGUAAGCGAUCGGCUCCGACAUAUUAGACCAGCAUACUCAUACUACCGAGCCCGUUAG